UGAAGCCAAGUAUGCUAUCGUUGUUCUCCUCGCGGCAGUGUCUGCUAUACCUUACCUUCCCAUCUAGCUAAACUGUCCAAGAUGCUCCGCUGCUUCCAGACCAAGGCCCUGAGGGCUAGACCAGCCUGUCCACGCUCCGCACUCAUUCUAUCCACGCUCAACCCCCCACAAAAAGCAUCUACAGCCAGGAAUCAAAGUACUGCAGCGGCCACUUCACCUUCCAUCAAUACCCAUGACCCUCUUAUUGACCCCCCCGCGAGAAACCAGGUACAACCUCUGGUCCGACCACGCUCAAAUGAAGCAGAACAAUCAUUCCUCGGCAAAACCGGCGGCGAAAUCUUCCACGAGAUGAUGGUCCGGCACAACGUCAAACACAUCUUCGGCUACCCCGGCGGGGCCAUUCUCCCUGUCUUUGACGCCAUCUACAAGUCCCCCCACAUUGACUUCAUCCUUCCCCGCCAUGAACAAGGCGCCGGCCACAUGGCCCAAGGGUAUGCCCGCGCCUCCGGUCAUCCAGGCGUCGUGCUGGUCACCUCCGGCCCGGGCGCCACCAAUGUCAUCACGCCCAUGGCCGACGCCCUCGCCGACGGAACUCCCAUGGUAGUCUUCUGCGGGGAAGUCGUCACCAGUGCUAUCGGCAGCGACGCCUUCCAAGAGGCCGAUAUCAUCGGAAUGUCGCGGGGCUGCACGAAAUGGAACGUGAUGGUGAAGAACGUAGCAGAAAUCCCGCGCCGAAUCAACGAGGCCUUCGAAAUCGCGACGAGUGGUCGGCCUGGCCCGGUGCUCGUCAGUCUGCCGAAGGAUAUCACGGCGGGGGUGCUGCGAUGCACGGUGGACACGGAAUCAGCCCUCCCGUUGGCAUCGAGUCCGAUGAUGCGCGCGGCGUGGGAGGUCAGAAGACGGGGGGAACUUGAUACAGCGAUCCGGAGAGUGGCUCAUCUGAUCAACAUUGCCAAAAAGCCCGUCAUCUACGCCGGACAGGGAAUCAUCUCCUCCCCCGGGGGCCCGGAAAUGCUACGCGCCCUCGCCGAGAAGAGCUCCAUCCCAGUCACCACAACCCUACACGGCCUCGGAGCCUUCGACGAACUCGACGAAAAAGCCCUCCACAUGCUCGGCAUGCACGGAUCCGCGUACGCCAACAUGGCGAUGCAAGAAGCGGACCUGAUCAUCGCCCUAGGCGGACGCUUCGACGACCGCGUCACCGGAAGUAUCCCGCGAUUCGCCCCGGGAGCCAUGGCGGCAGCCAAACAAGGACGCGGAGGGAUCGUGCAUUUCGAAAUCAUGCCCAAGAACAUCAACAAGGUGAUCCAAGCCACCGAGGCCAUCGAAGGCGACGUAGCCAACAACCUGCACCACCUCGUCCCACUCAUCCAACCCCGAUCCAUUCCCGAUCGCCAAGCCUGGUUCGACCAGAUCAACACCUGGAAAGCCAAAUGGCCGCUCUCCCACUACGGCCAGACCGACCGCCCCCACCUCAUCCAACCCCAAACCCUCAUCACCGAACUCAGCGCCCUCACUGCCCCAAUCAAACAAAACACCAUCAUCACCACCGGCGUCGGCCAACACCAAAUGUGGGUGGCCCAACACUUCCGCUGGCGCUACCCGCGCAGUCUCAUUUCCUCCGGGGGCCUCGGCACAAUGGGCUACGGCCUCCCCGCCGCCAUCGGCGCCAAAGUCGCCCGUCCAGAAGCCCUAGUCAUCGACAUCGACGGCGACGCCUCCUUCAGCAUGACCCUGACGGAACUCUCCACAGCCGCGCAAUUCAACAUCGGAAUCAAAGUGAUCGUGCUCAACAACGAAGAACAAGGGAUGGUGACGCAAUGGCAGAACCUCUUUUAUGAAGAUCGCUACGCGCACACGCAUCAGACGAAUCCGGAUUUCUUGAAACUGGCGGAUGCGAUGGGCGUGCAGGCGCGACGGGUGGUCCAGCCCGAGGAGGUGAGGGGGAGUCUGGAGUGGUUGGUUGGGACGGAGGGGCCGGCGUUGUUGGAGGUUGUGACGGAUAAGAAGGUGCCGGUCUUGCCGAUGGUGCCGACGGGGAGGGCGUUGCAUGAGUUUAUUGCGUGGGAUAGUGGCAUGGAUAAGAAGCGGCGGGAGUUGAUGCGCGAGCGGACGGGGGGGGUUCAUGGGUAGGGUUGUCAGAGUGCUAAGCAUAACAAAGGGGAGGGGCUUGCUGGAUAUACCUAGUAAAAGUCCGGUUGUUUAUUUCAUAGGCG